GAGGGAGCUUUAAGGGGCGGGCCGGCGGCCGGCUGGGGUCCUUCGGAGGAUUAGCGCCGGGUGGGCGUGCGCCUCAGGCCGCCAUUUCUCGGCGUCCGCCGAGGAGCCGCCCCCUCCCCGGGCUCGCUCGGGACCCGUGCCCCCGCGCCGCCGGCUUUCCGCGCCGCCUUCGCCACCGCGCUUCGGUCGCCAGCCCAGUGACAAAAAUGCUGAGCUUCUUCCGUAGAACACUUGGGCGUCGGUCAAUGCGUAAACAUGCUGAGAAGGAACGACUCCGAGAAGCUCAACGAGCUGCCACACACAUUCCUGCAGCUGGAGACUCUAAGUCCAUCAUCACAUGUCGGGUUUCUCUUUUGGAUGGUACUGAUGUUAGUGUGGACUUGCCGAAAAAAGCCAAAGGACAAGAGCUCUUUGAUCAGAUAAUGUACCACUUGGACCUUAUUGAAAGUGACUAUUUUGGAUUGAGAUUUAUGGAUUCUGCACAAGUAGCACACUGGUUAGAUGGUACAAAGAGCAUCAAAAAGCAAGUAAAAAUUGGUUCACCCUAUUGUCUGCAUCUUCGAGUUAAAUUUUAUUCUUCAGAACCAAAUAAUCUUCGGGAAGAGCUAACCCGGUAUUUAUUUGUUCUUCAGUUAAAACAAGAUAUUCUCAGUGGAAAAUUAGAGUGUCCCUUUGAUACAGCAGUUCAGUUGGCAGCUUAUAAUCUGCAAGCUGAACUUGGUGACUAUGAUCUUGCUGAGCAUAGUCCUGAACUUGUAUCUGAGUUCAGGUUCGUGCCCAUUCAGACUGAAGAGAUGGAGCUGGCUAUUUUUGAGAAAUGGAAGGAGUACAGAGGUCAAACACCAGCACAAGCUGAAACCAAUUACCUGAAUAAAGCCAAAUGGUUAGAAAUGUAUGGUGUUGAUAUGCAUGUAGUCAAGGCUAGAGAUGGGAAUGACUAUAGCUUGGGACUAACUCCAACAGGAGUCCUUGUUUUUGAAGGAGAGACCAAAAUUGGCUUAUUUUUUUGGCCCAAGAUAACCAGAUUGGAUUUUAAGAAGAAUAAAUUAACUCUGGUGGUUGUAGAAGAUGAUGAUCAGGGCAAAGAGCAGGAGCAUACAUUUGUCUUUAGACUGGAUCACCCAAAAGCAUGCAAACAUUUAUGGAAAUGUGCUGUGGAACAUCAUGCAUUCUUUCGCCUUCGAGGUCCGGUCCAAAAGAGUUCUCAUCGAUCAGGAUUUAUUCGACUAGGAUCACGAUUUAGAUACAGUGGGAAAACUGAGUAUCAGACCACCAAAACUAAUAAAGCAAGAAGAUCAACAUCCUUCGAAAGAAGACCCAGCAAACGAUACUCUCGAAGAACCCUACAAAUGAAAGCAAGUACAGCAAAACCUGAAGAACUCAGUGUUCACAAUAAUGUUUCAACUCAGAGUAAUGGAUCCCAACAGGCUUGGGGUGUGAGGUCAACUCUGCCUGUGAUUCCUUCUGUUCCCUCUGGUCCUGUGCUGGCAGAGAUAGAGAAUCUUCCAAGGAAUCCUGGAUCAAACCAGUAUGACAGGAAAUGCUUGCCUCUGAAUAUUGAUUUGCUAGAUAGCCCAGACUUACUGGAAACAACCAUUGAUGAUGUAAUUGGGGCACCUGACACUCUGGAAAUAGCCCAAGCGCCAGAUGAAGUUAACAUAAUCACCAGGCAAACCGGAUUGGAGGGAACUAAAGAGGAAUGCGGGACAUUAAAAGAUGCCUCACAGAAGCUCAAACACCUUGAGAUGGAAAGUAGUCCAUUGCCAUCCCCUCGUCCCAACAUUGAUGUCAACAUCAACAACCAGGAGGAGGUGAUGAAGUUGACUGAGAAAUGUCUUAAUAAUGCCAUUGAGAGCCCAGGAGUAAAUGCCAGGAGAGUUCCUCCUGACUUGAAGAGUAACAUUUUGAAGGCUCAAGUAGAAGCAGUGCACAAGGUUACAAGAGAAGAUAGCUUACUAAGUCAUAAAAACUCCAAUGUUCAGGAUGCUGCUGCAAACAGUGCUAUAUUAAAUGAGAAUAUGCCUUUCCCUGAAGAUUCUCUUGCUGUGAUGCAUACCACACCUGCAAUAAAUGGUUCUGUUCUUAAGGAUGCUACAGAUGAAUUGGAUGCAUUACUUUUAUCUCUAACUGAGAAUCUGAUGGACCACACAGUCACACCUCAGGUAUCUUCAACAUCCAUGAUCACACCACGGUGGAUUGUACCACAGAGUGGUGUCCUUUCCAAUGGACUGGAAGGACUGUGCUUGGCAGAGAAGGAGGAACAUGGUAACAGAGAAGUAGUCUCGCUGAUUUCUCCCCCAGGACCAUUCUUGGUGGAUGCUGUGACCAGCUCUGUUCCAACUUUGGCAGGAGAAACUGUCUUGAAGCAGAAGUGUUUACUGACAACUGAGCUCUGAGGGAUUGGCUCCUUCUCACCUAUAACUGGAAUGCCCAGCGCUCUGCAGCUGUCCUUCCUGAAUCCAUUUCUGCUGGAAUUUGUCAGAUUCAGGAGCUUGUCCUUAGUUAUGAGUAAAAAAACUCACCUAGAUUUGACUUCAACUCAAUGAAAAACAUUUUCCGUCCAACUGGAAGGGUUUAAUUACACUAUAUAUUUGCCUAAAUGAGGGUAUCUGGUCUUUUACUUUCUGUAAUUGUAUUGAAGUUGUAAAUUCCUGACACGGAAUUAUUUCCAUGUGGUUUCCUUCAAACUCUUGUCUCCAUCUAGUGGUUAUAAUUGUUCAUAACCACCCCAUAAGCAGGCCAUCUCUGGUAGUCAGUAAUAGCCUUAGGGUGAGUGUGCUUGAUCUGAACACUUGUUAGAGAAGUUGCCCUUAUCCAUGCAAUACUUGGAAAUCAGAAGUUUAGGAAGUUAAUGAGGAUAUCACAUAGGUAGGUUGAGGCCUAAUUGUUUACAAUUAUUACAGUACUAAAGAAAAGUUUAGAAUACAGAAGAUUUUCAAGUGUCUCAUACUUUUGACUUCUUACUACUGGCUAUCUUAAUACUCCUAAGUUGACCUCAAGGUAAGCUAAGCCUUGAAAAGAAUAUAGAGAAAUCAAUUGCACCUAUCUUGUAUCCUAUUUUUUUCAGCCCUGCUUCCCCAUAGGAAGCCCUCACAUGCACCACACACAUACUCUGUAACUUUUCAGACCAGACAGAGACAGCAGUGACUUCUCCACACUGGCACCAGUUUGGAUAUAGGCUCCGUUUCCUUUCAAUAUGAGCUGAAUAAGUUUAGAACUUGUAAACUAAAGGAAACAAAACAAAAUGAAAAUACCAGGACAGAAAGAGGGAAUCGGAGGUGGGGGGUUUGUUUCUUGAACAUCUACCACAUCUGAAACUGUACUUAGCAUACUGUAAGAACCUCGUAUCUUACCUAUGUUAGGCAUUUUGUGCUAAUUUUAAAAAGUCUCUAGAAGUUCCUUAUCACUUCUGGUACAAAAAAAAAAAAUUCUGGAUGUUAAAGUAGCACAUUUGCAUAUAGAAAAUGAAGACUGUAAAAAUAACCACUUGCAAUCCUGAUAUCCAGAAAAACAUUCUUAUUUUAGCUUUAAAACUUCAGAAUGCAGAAGGUAAACUACAAUUGCUACUGGAAAUGAGAAUGAGGUGGAGACCAUGUUGGCAUCGUUGUUAAUCCCAGUGAUCAAAGAUUGAUGUCAAACUAUACCUCCUGGGAGUUGAUGUUUAGUUUUCUGCCCUGUAUUAUGUAUAUAAUUGGGUGUUAAUUUAUAUUGCUCAGCACAAGAGAAUAUCCAGCUUUGUGAUCUUUAAAACAUCAUGGUUUGGACUGUCCUGGGUUCCCUAUAGCAUAAUCAUUUGCUCAGGCAAACACACACACUAGUGUCUGAUUGGAAAGCUCAGGAAUUUUAAUCCCUGUUUCCCAGGGAGCUGUAGAGUUUGGAAACCACUUUUGCACAGAACAACUUCGCUAAAGGAAAGAAAGUUGGCACUUCUUGCUGGCUGCCUCCCCUUAGCCAUUAUGCUGAGCUUGUGAAUUUCAUUGGCAGAGCUUUUGCCAAUUCUUAAUUGUAAAACAAAUUUUCUUGAAGCUGUAAGUGAUACCUACACUUGACCAGGGGCCUGACUCGAAGCACGCUGGACUGACUAGACAUCAAAUUUUCAGUGUGCUGACAAUGCUGGAUGUACUGAAAGGUUAAAGUUGUGCAUCUAACCACAAAGCAGCUAAGGCAUUACUGCUAGCUUGGAAGACCUAAACGUCUUAUCCUGUUUAGGAGGUAGCACCAUACUUAUUUUAAACUUUUUAAAAUUUAAGAAUAAGUUGUUGAAAAUACUCCAUAGCCUCUGUGUCUUUAGGUACCUAUUAUUCUUACUAGUUAGCAUAUUGAUAAGUACUUUCUUAAAAUUUACUUAAAUCUCAGUCUAAAAGGGGGAAAUUUUGUCUUUUGGCCUGACACAAAGUAGUAAAUAUGGAGAUUAAUACUUUAAUGAUGAAUUAGCCCUGACAGUUCAGAUACCUGUCAAGUAUAACUUCCCUGUCACUACUGCUGCUGAUGCCUUCCCCAGAGUUGCUGUAACACUGAUCUUGUUCCUGCUUUUCUGAGGGGAGAGAAUGGCGGGGCUGUGGGGCUCAGGAAAUCUGAAUGUGUCCGAGAGGGAAGGGAAAAGUCUGUUUCUGUGAUGAGAGAAUAUAUAUAUAUAUAUAUAUAUAUAUAUAUAUAUAUAUAUAUAUGAAUCUGUAAAGAAUAUGAGCAGGGUGAGAUUUGAGAUAAUAUUGGAAAAGAGGGCAGGUUGAUUACCUUGAAGUGGAAAGAGGGACAGCUCUGUUGGCCCUACCCUGGGGGGCCUUCAGGGCAUAGUCCUCCCCUACACAUCCGAAUCAUCUGAUAAACUCACUAAAGCUCUGACCCACAGAUGAGAUGAAAUAGCCCUACUGGCUGUUCAAAAUGACAGCUAGUUGGGCAGGAAGUUUUUUUUCUAUCUAGAAUGAGGUUCCCAGGCACCUUAGUAAGUGUAGCUAAAAAGAAAUAUUGACAACGUUUAAGUCAGAAGUAAUGAGAACGUUUGCAAAGAGAGGAAGAACAAUAGCUUAUUUGAGGGCUCCAGCUAAGAAGCUGUGAGCAUUCUUCUGUUUCAAAGUAUCUGGAGGUGAUUUAUAGCUGAGAUAACAGACCGGGAUUGGCAACAAAUAACAGAAGGCUGUUAGCCACAAGCUUAGCUAGUCUGUGGUUACUUUCUUCCCAUAUUUUCCAGUACCAGAUUUGACUAUAGUAACUCAUUAGGGUCAGCGAUAAUGGAACUUGUGACUGGGAGCAGAUUUAGGCUGGCGCUGAGAGAGUGGCAGGGCUUCUUUUGUUGUUUUGCCACAUCUCAUGGGUCUGUGGGAGCUUGCAAGGAGUGGAUUGUUGCUGCUGCCCGUCUCCUGGCUUACUGAGUGCUCCGUCCCAGUAACGCUUAGUACAGUGUCAUGCAGUAGGCAUCUGUGGCAGGCCUUGGGAGAGCAGAAAGGAGAGGAACCUGAAAUCAGGCCAUUUGACAGCACUGGUAGGGAAAAGGAGAGUUGGCAUGGAGGUUUAAAAUAAGAUUUUUAGGUUUCAGCUUUCUGCCCUCAACUCUUCUUCUGAACUUGUAAAAUAAUAAAUGAGAUCCUAUUUCUUACUAUUGUCAGUAGUAUCACCUUUGUAUACACUGGAAGGGCUCAUGGUUCUUUCAUGCCUGCCCUUCAAGAAACACUGCUGAACAAAGGAAUGAUUAGAUUCCUUUGGUCUUGAUAAGUUUAGACAUACCUUUAACAGCUUUCCUAAAAUGUUUAUAUUGUUUUAAGAAAAAUUCUAUUUAAAAAUAUUUCUUACAGCCUACUGUUUGCACCUGUAUCUGCUUUUGCACAAUCACAGAUGAUUUGUGGACAAUUAAGGAUGAAAGCCCUGGGUUGUUCCUUGCAUCUUGACUGCUGGUUCUCUAAUGCUUCCCAAUUCUGGCUAAAACUGGUGCCCCUGUCUUCUCUUAUUAUAAGCCUCAGAAUGAAAACUCAGAGGAAAUUCAAAUUCAGAGACUUUGCUAGAACAGAAUUAUUUGGCAGUCAACUUACAUAGAGAAAAAUCUUCCAUAUUUUUCUAUAAGUAAGGGUCUUGAGAAGCAAAGUUCUUGUCUUCUCAUCUAGAGCAGAAAUGAGCAGUUUCUCUGUGAGGAGCAGAGGUAGUUAAUACUUCAGCACUCAGCUGUGCGGCUGUAGCACAAAAGCAGCACUGAUGAUAGUAUGUGCAUGGGCUGACUGUGCUCCACUGAAGUUUCAUUUACAAAAACAGGUGCUGACUCCAGUUCCACACUUGGUGGCAUGGCAGCAUGUCUCCCUGGGAGUCACGCGAGUAUUCCCCUAGGUUCUUCCGUAGCCUCUGUCUGGAUGUUGACAUCCUCAUUUACACAUGGAUAGGGUGCAGUCCUGGGUCUCCCGCUCUGAGAGUCUUUUGUGAGGCCUCCCCAGUUUCUAACCAAUCUUGCCUUCAGCCUUCCAGUUGCUUAGAAGCCUGGAAUCUUCUGCAGAUUGAAGAAUGUACAUUUCCAUAUUAUGUCCUUUUUUCCUGUCAGAAUUGUAAACUCUCUGACUUUACAAUGAUCAGAAGACAGCUGGAAGCUUUUCUUAUCUAUCAGCCUUCAGGAUGAGGAAGUUUGUUUGGAUUAUAGAAAUUUGUCCUGAGCCCAACUCUUCCUGUGUUAACAUGUUGGCAGAGCAGUAAUUAUUUCCAGUUCUAAGAUAGGAUACAGGAGACUCUUUAUCACAUUGCUUGGGACAAUAAUUCAGUCACUUCCCAGGAUUUCUCUUUAUCAGGGAGGUGUUUUAGUACAGUUCCCUUGAUCUUUUUAUUUUCAUGAGUAAAUGUUCUUUUCUCAUAUGAUAGUUCAAAGGACCUCACUAACUAUUUGUGUUUACUUUUUAUAUGUGUAAAGCUUUGCAGUAACUCUUAGAGUGUAAUUUAUUUUUAUAUCAAGUGCACUAUUUGUUGUGUUCCACAGUUUUAUAUGACUUGUAUUAGAAGCACUGCAUUGAACUGAGUUGUUUGUAUACUGACAUGAGAACCAUAGAUGUGACCACAAAUAAAGCUUUUGUGAAACA